AUGGCCAACAACGACGACCGUCCCAUGUCUGCCCACCCGCCCCAGCACCAUGCCUCGCACAUGCCCAGCGACCUCAAGCGCAAACGCAGUCCCUCGCACGAGAUGCACCUGGCGCCUGCGCCACUGCCCAAAACCGCCAAGCACAACCAUCUGCAGAUCAACUACCUCGCCAGGCACAAUGAGAACGACCUGCCGCUCAUUACCAACGAUGACACGCUACCAAACAUCCUCUCGCUGCUCAGCGACUACCAGGGCGUCCUCGACCGCCACGAGAGCAUGGCCUGUAACCUAGGCGCUCGCCCUCUGGGUCCCAUUCUCAUCAAGCGCUUCGAGCGCCUGUUCGACGGUCCCCCCAGAGUCCUCAAGAGCCAUGGCAAGGAUGGCACCACCGUGUCCUGGCUUGACGUGGUCGAGUUUGCGCGCAAUAAGCCCGAGCAGUUUCAACUCGACCAGAUGAGCGAGGGCGUGAGGGUCUGCCAGUUCUACACCAAGCAAUGUCGGGUCCAGAUCUCAGAAGAAGACUUCGUCUUGAUUUCAUCUGGCAUUCCCCAAAAGAUGAUCCCCCCGCAGCCCAUUAUCGAAGACGAGGAGAAGGAGCUGGGCACCAUGGAGAUUCUGGAAAAGAACCUCAGCCAAAUAUGCUCUUUGGCCGAUCAAGUUGCUGCUCGCACGAGGCAGCUCAACCACCGCCUCAAAGGCCGCAAACAGGCAAUCCUGGACCGCAGAGCCACUGCGACUCCAACGCCUCAAAUUCCCCGCCCUACGAGCCCUUCGAACGUCGCCCUUAUGAACGGUAGCAACUCGAAUGUCUCAGGCCCAGGUCACAACCAACCUUCGCACCCAUCGCCUAGCAGCAGCGGCUUCGUAGCCGUCAAUGCGCGCCAGCACCACGAAUCCAACGGCCAUGGACACAGUCACAGUCGUGGCCAUGGUUCUUCGUCCUCUACCCGCCACGAACUGCUAUCCAAAUUUCAUACUGUGAAUGACCGGCGUGUGUCGUCGCAGCCUCCCAGCGCCAAUGCUGAAGUGCGGAGACCAUCGAUUGGCAGUCAUUCAGCAUCUCAUCCCUCUCCACCCUCGUCAAUCCCAUCCAGGGCCCUGCAAAAGCCAACUGAAGCUCCCCCUGGCGCACAACAGCCAAUCGCAAGGCCUUCACAUCCUCUCAAUGAAUCCGAGCUGCACAAUAUGAUGAACUCACCCGUCCCAAUACCAAACACGCCUUCUAGCCUCCUCCCAGCCUCCAGCCAACGCGCCAGCCAACAACCGGAAAAAGAUGACGGAGGUCCUUUCAAAGUUGAAAUGGUGCAUAGAAUGGAAAGUCUUGCCAAGGGCGAGCGCAUUGUCCCUCCCUGCGACCGCUGUCGAAGAUUGCAUAUGGACUGCUUGAAAAACCUGACAGCAUGCAUGGGUUGUACAAAGAAGCAUGCAAAGUGCUCGUGGAGAGAAGUUCGGGAAGGCGAAUUGCGUGGCGGUUAUACCUAUCCUACUGGUACCACUAGCAACGGCCAGAGUGAAACAAGUGAUCACGAGGCCGGCGACCGUGCAAGCACAGCAAGCCCGUCAGUUAUGUUGAGUCCGUCGCACCAUGGGCUGACGCCAUCACACGUCUCACACAGCAAUGGUCAACACACUCCACAACAUCAAGCAUCUCACCACCAGCACUCUGAACAGGCUAUGCAGCCCCUGCAGCAACACGAUGCACCGCAUGACGCGCAGGCCUCCGCCUCUCGCAACACUCCACCCACGCGCGAGCACGAGAGAAACGUUGAAGCCCAACUCAAGGAGGCCGCGCAAUCAAGCCUCGCGCAUGCAAAUGCAAGGCUCCCCGCAUCAGACGGCAAAACUGCAGAUUAUGCCAACCAAGCCAUGGUUGCUUAG